CUUGCGAAAAUGGCAGUGAACAACGAACGCCUAAUUAGUGAAGUUGAAAAGCGUCCUGCGCUCUGGCAGCCGGAAUGUAAGGAUUAUAAGGAUACAAAAAAAAAAUCGGCCAUUUGGGGUGAACUCGGCGAUCUCCUUCUGCCGGGAGACAAGGAUCGCGUGGACAAAGUCCAGAAACGUUGGCGAUCACUCCGGGACAAGCUGGUGCGCUUGCUGCGCGACUUGAAGAAAACCAGGACGAGCGGUGCCGGCGCCGACGACGUCGAAGACCCGAUGUCGUGGCCGCACUUCGAGCAGAUGUAUUUCGUGCGAGAUACCCUGCAGCAUCGAAGCACGUCAGGAAACGUGAAGACAUCUGGCACAUCGUGUAAUAACGACUUCAUCCGUCCGGUGAACGAGGGGGCCUAUUUAGACGAAAGUAGAGCAGCGGAUGGGCCGGAGCCGGAGGCUUGCAUUGUCGAAGUGUAUGAAGUGGACGAGGAGCACCAGUCUGGGGGGGUGUUAAGAAUGCGUAAAAACAUCCUGCAGGCUAUCGAAGACUGCCAGGACUAG